CCUAUUACAAACAUUAUACAAAUUUUGUCGGCUCGCUAAAUAGAAUCAGUUUUUGUCGAAAAAUAAAAUAAAUAAAAGUGACUCUAAAAUUUUACCGCAAAUUUUUAUGUACAAAAAUAAAUAAACUUUGUUCGCUCGUAAUUCGGGUUAAAUAAAUUUGCCGCUAAUCUUUAUAUACAAGAAAAUACAUAAAUUUGUUCGCUUUUGGUUCCAGUACAUAAUAUAGAAUUUUGUGUAUACUAAAUUUGUCGCUCGGAAUAUUGCGGUACAUAUUUAUAUAGAAAGUGAAUAAAUACAUAAAGUUUGUAUAUAAACAUUUUUGGCGUAAAACUUUUGGCGUCGGUGCUCUACAAUACAUAGUAUCAUCCAUUUUGAAAUUUGUUUUUGGAAAUUUUUGGCUCACUUAACCAAACUUUUGGAAAUUUAUGAUGACUUUGGAAGAGGUUAAGCAGCAACGGGCUAAUACGAAGAAGAGUAUUACCCGCAUCAAGAACCAAAUCGAAGCCAAUGGAAGGGGUGAAGAUAUUGACGUAUCAAACACAAAUUGAAAAAUAUGAUCCCGAGGAUAAUGCUAGGCCCGAAAUUGAAGAUUUGUACAUCUCAGCCAAAAUGAAUAUCCAGUCGCAGCUUGGUGAAGAUGUUCAUAACACAACGUUGUCCGAGUCCACCAUUUGUUUCCCAGCUCCCAGCCAUAAAUUGCCCCAACUCAAAUUGCCCACAUUUAGUGGUAAGUACAGUGAAUACAAGAAUUUUAUAACGUCGUUCAAUCAAGUUAUCGAUCGUGAGUUUGGCCUAUCAAAUAUUGAAAAGUUUAAUCAUUUGCUCAACUGCCUCCAAGGCCAAGCUCUAGAAACGGUCAGGGCUUUCCAGAUUACGAACGAAAAUUACCCGAAGGCUCUGGAAAGGCUCAAAACGCGUUAUGAUAAUAGCUCGCUUAUUUUUAUGGAAAAUAUUACCGCCCUUUUUGAACUUCCUGCCAUGUCCAAAUACAAUUGUGCCCAAUUACGAAGUCUCGUCGAUAAUGUUUCUGCCCUUUAUAGUUCCUUACUGUCUCUUGGCUCACAUAGUGAUAUUGCUAAUUCCAUGCUGAUUUACAUAGUGAUGGAAAAAGUGGAUGAAGAUACCAGAAGAAAGUGGAAAGAUUCCUUGGACUUUACCAGAUUGCCAACAUGGGAUGAUUGCUCCAAGGUCCUUGAAAGGCGUUGUCAAUUUUUGGAAUCGGUUGAUACCAACCAUACUUUUGUGGCCCCUCGUAAGCCUGAUCAUCAAUCUGGUAAGUCCAAAUCUAAAAAUUCAAAACCUGGCUAUACUUUUUCGGUAUCAAAACGCUCUUGUGUGCUUUGCUCCAAAUCUGACCACUCAAUUAGUCGUUGUUCUCGGUUCAAAGAUAUGGAUGUUAGUCAAAGGUAUGAAAAUGCAAAACGUCUAAGCCUUUGUCUAAAUUGUUUGUCCAAAGGGCAUCAAGUAAGUAGUUGUUCCUCCACAUUCAAGUGCAAAUUUUGUUCUCGCUCGCAUCAUAGUUUGCUUCAUCGGUCUCAGCCAGCUUCUCGGCCCUCGUCCCCUGCUGCUGAACCUACUACUUCUCAUGUUGCCUUGAAUGAAUCUUCUGCCUCGGUCAAUACCCAUGUGGAAAAAUCCUCGCCGGAACAGGUGCUGCUUGCUACUGCCAUGGUUCUAGUUCGUGACUCCACUGGUCGCUAUCAAUUGGGACGCGCUUUGUUAGAUUCUUGCUCUCAAUUGAAUUUCAUAACCGAUGAAUUUUCCCAAAAAUUACAUUUGUCUCGUACAAAACAAACUACUCUAGCAUUGGUAACACUCUUAGCAAAUCUAAAUAUAGGUCGUCCACAAAUGUAAAAUCUCGAGUCACA